UGUCACUUGUCAAAAGUAAUCCGUCGGGGCGUUUGCGUCGGGGGGAAUUUAGUCCAUUAUUUAUUGAAUGAAAGUUUAAAAUAGUGAAAUUAUAAAAAAUGGCUGAAUCUGUAACAGAACUCCCUAUUACUGUAGAGGAAAGUGUUAUAGAAGGCCUACAAAAUGGAACAUGCAAGACCCCGUUGAGCAUUGAGGGAGUCGCAAUAGCGUACUUAAGUUUAGUGAUAAUGGCUAUUUUACCCAUAUUUUUUGGGUCUUUCCGCUCUGUAAAAUACUUAAAAGAGCAAAAGGAAUCAGGUGAAAUACAUGAGACAAUGACGAAUAAAGAUGCGCUGAUGUUCCCCCUGUUUGCAUCUUGUGCUCUCUUCGCCUUCUACAUAUUCUUCCAAUUCUUCUCCAAGGAGUACAUCAACCUUCUUCUCACUGGAUACUUCUUCUUCCUUGGCGUGUUGGCUUUGAGUCAUCUGCUUAGCCCCAUCAUAGCUCUGAUCGUGCCUGCGUCGGUGCCAAACCUCCCGUACCACAUACUGUUCACGCGCGGCGAGAGGGACGCACGCACCGACAUCGUCAACUACAAGUUCACGUCUUAUGACGUCAUCUGCCUCGUCAUAUCGCUCAUAUUCGGCGCCUGGUAUCUCCUCAAGAAGCACUGGAUAGCGAACAACCUGUUCGGCAUAGCGUUCGCGAUCAACGGCGUGGAACUCCUCCACCUCAACAAUGUGGUGACCGGCUGCAUUUUGCUCUGCGGCCUGUUUCUCUACGACAUCUUCUGGGUGUUCGGCACCAACGUCAUGGUCACCGUGGCCAGGUCCUUCGAAGUGCCCAUUAAAUUGGUGUUCCCCCAGGACCUCCUCGUCAACGGCUUGAACGCCAGCAACUUCGCAAUGCUGGGUCUCGGAGACAUAGUCGUCCCUGGACUGUUCAUCGCUCUCUUGUUGCGUUUCGACAAGAGUUUGAAGCGCGGCUCGGAGUUCUACUUCCGCGCCACAUUCACCGCGUACAUCUUGGGGCUUCUGGCUACUAUACUGGUGAUGCACGUGUUCAAGCACGCUCAACCUGCGUUGCUGUACCUGGUGCCCGCUUGUUUGGCCACUCCCCUGACGCUCGCCUUGCUGAAGGGAGACAUCAACGCGCUUUUCAACUAUGAAGACCAACCGGCGCUGCCCGAAUCUCCGACGGACGCGGUCAAGGCGAAGAAGUCUGAGUAAAACUUACAAUCCACUCAUUGCACGCACAAAUAAACGACAAGUUGUGAAUUAGGCACAUUAAGCUCAGCGCACACUACAACGGGCCGCUCCGCACCGAAUCACAUUCCUGAUACAUAUUAUGAUAUAUGAUUCGCUGUUGCCCGCGUUCUUUGGAACACAGCAUCGCCACAAUGCUGCUUAGCGGCAGAAAUAAGCAUGGCGAUAGUAAUUCCCCGGGCGAGCUCUUUUACAAAAAGCUCUACUAAUAGUAGUACUGGGAUAAAACAUUGCCUAUUUUACUAUACGUCUUUUUAAUUAAUGCAAAAAAUCAAGUUAGGGCGCAAAGGGAGGACAUACAAACAAACAAAACUUCCGCAUUUAUAAUAUCAGUUAGGAUGUGAUCGAUUUUAUUUGAUUGGUAUACAAUCAAUGAAUUUGUUUUUCAUAAUUAUGUUAAUGAAUUGCUCGUUGACGUCUUGUCCUUCAAAGGUACACUGCUGAAUAUAUUUAGAAUAAAGUCUUUGCUGGACAUUACUCUUUUUGACAAUGUAUAAUGUAGACAUCUUAUCCUUGUCCGCAUCUUCUCUGGGUUUUACUCUUCUUUUGAUAGUAUUAAAAUAAAUAAUAAAAUAUAUUAAUUACAUCUUGGUUAAGAAAUUUUUAAUAAAAAGGCUGGCAAUAAGCGUUCUGUCCGCUGUAAUCUUAAACAAGAUGAUGACAUUUGGUUAUUGUAAUAUAGAUACUGGAUUAAAGAUUAACUGUGAAGUUUCUUCUUCUUUUACGGUGGUAGUCACUGCAAACAUUCAAACUUGACAUUUCAGAAGUGCUGAAAAAGUGGGCCUAUCUGAAAUAAUUUUAUUAUGAGUCUCCUAGGAAUUUCUAAACUCCAUUAUCAUUGACCCUUUUUUGUUAUCUGUCCAUCUAAUGGAGGAUAUACAAAUGCUGCGACUUGCAGGACCAUUCAAACACUACAGGUUCUCUGAGUUACGAAAAUUCCUUUCAAUGUCAACCACAAAUUUCCCUAAAAAUCGAUUAAUUAUAGGUGUUUGUUUUGCGGUGCGCCCCGUUUAAGUGUGCGCAAGCCUUUACAAAAAUAUUUUUCUAUCUGCCUUCAAUGGUGAGGGACCAUUACAAUGAGAACAUACUUCCAACACUAGAUUACUUUAUUUAGGCCGAGAGCUAAUGGACGAUUCAUUCAAAGUGUUGAUAAGUCGACAUAGAAAUUUCAACGAAAUUAUAAAGUACAAGAUUUGCUCGCUCGCAAUUGAGGUGUCGUUUUCUUGUAUAGAAAUAAAUGAACAUCGGAGUAUAGUGGAUCUUAUUUACUAAACAGUAAAGCUCAAAUUUGCUUACAAUUCUUAAAUAGGGCUUUGACAUAACGUUUGUGUAAUAAAAAUCAGGAGUACACAAUUUGCAACUCUACAAUGAGUGACAUUAGGUUCAUAUGACUUUAAGAAUACAGUUUAAUUUUCGAAAACAAUUCCUCGAUUGCAAGCGGAACGGAAGCUUGUACGGAACAAUUUAAUCUCCUCAGCUUUGUUUUGCAGAACCAUAGCAGUACUAAAAGAUUAGAAAUAUACCGGUGUACUUUGAACGAAUCUGCUUUCGUGCCUUCGGAUGUAAUGAUAAGUAAAAUGACACUUCCUUUUAGAAUCUUCCAUUGUUUUAUUAAUUCGGACUUGCAUAAAUAAAUGGUUAUUGUAAUAAAAUGUGCAUGAUUAAUGUCUAAAAUUGUGUACGUUUAGAAUUGUGGCUUGUGUAUAUGAAUGUAUAUUUUGGGCUCGUGCCGUAUAUAGAAGCGGAAGCAGAUUUAACCUGGGCUAAGUUCCCGGUUUGCUAAAAUCAUCAAAGGAAAUAAGGUUGUAAAUCUUUUGGCAGACUAAAAUUACUGAACUGAUGAAUGAGUGAGGUACUUAAGUAUUUGUUUAUAUACUACAGUACAAUAUUACAAUUAAAUUAUAUAAUAUAUAAAUAAUAUUAUAAUUGUUUUUUUCGUUUAAAUGUGAGCACUAGAUUACAUUAAGUAUAUUAAGUUUUCGAUUUUUUUUUAAUUCUAUUUUUUUAAUAUUUGAUGUUACCAAUUAGUAAACAAUAUUGCCAGAAGUAAAUGUCGAUGUAAAAUCUCUAGAUGAAUCAUAAUAUGUAUAAAUGUUUGUGUAAUAAGUACAUUCCGAAAAAUAAAUAAAUAGGAAA